GGCACGGGCAGGAGGGGCGUCUCGGGAGCUGCAGCUGUGUUUUAUUUUUUAUUUUAUUUCCCUGAGAGCGUGCAUGCAGCAGUCCUCGGGGUGCCGUGCCUCGUCAGUGCCUGUCUCUCGAUGGGGCAGGCGCCUGUCUGCGCUCCUGGGCUGGGCUCCUGCCGUGAGUCAGCCCACGGCACACGCGCUCUUCCUGUUGGGAGUGACUCAGGUGGAGCAGCCGAUAAAACACGCACCAAAAAAAGGCACGGGACACCAGGCCGGUGUGGAGCCCCGCCGGAACGGGCUCCCGGAGCUCCCCGGCACCAGGAAUGGCCGAGUUCUGGCUCCUGCCCCUGGCCUGCCUCGCCGCGUCCCUGCUGCCCGCAGCCCAGAGCGCACAAAGCGCACAAGUGUGUGACUGCAAUGGGAUGUCCAGGCAGUGCGUCUUCGACUGGCAGCUCCUGAGGGAGACGGGGAACGGGUUCCGCUGCCUCGGCUGCCUGGGCAACACGGAGGGUGCGCGCUGCGAGCGCUGCCAGCACGGCUUCUUCCGAGGGCAGGGCCAGCGCUGCUGCCUGCCCUGCCUCUGCCACCCCUGGGGCUCCCUCAGCCCCCAGUGCGACAGCGAUGGCCGGUGCAGCUGCAAACCCGGAGUGACGGGGGACAAGUGUGACCGGUGCCAGCCGGGCUUCGAGUCCCUGUCCGAGGCAGGGUGCUGCAGGAGUGGGCAGAGCCUGCAGUGUGAGUGUGACCCAGCGGGCAGCACGGGUGACUGUCACUCCGGCCACUGCGUCUGCAAGGAGAGCACCACGGGGGAGCAAUGCCAGAGGUGCAAGCGACACUUCUAUAACCUGGAUGCCAGAAACCCUGCAGGAUGCUCCCCCUGCUUCUGCUACGGGCACUCGGUCGAUUGCAUCAGUGCAGACAACCACAGUGUCCACAACAUCACCUCUACCUUCCAGCAAGGUACUGAGGGCUGGCGAGGUGUCCAUGAGAGCGGCUCCCCAGCCCAGCUCCAGUGGUCCCCACGCCACCAGGAUGCCUUCAUAGCAGCCAGGAGCUCAGAGCCAAUAUACUUCAUGGCACCUGCAAAAUUCCUUGGGAACCAGCAGCUGAGCUAUGGGCAGACGCUGUCCUUCGAUUACCGCCUGGACCGCGGGGGUCGCCAGCCAUCUCCACAUGAUGUGGUCCUGGAAGGACAUGGCCUGAGAGUCACUGCCCCCUUCCUGCCCGAGGGGGAGGUCCUGCCCUGCGGCGUCAGCCAGGUGUACACCUUCAGGCUGGACGAGCACCCAAGCAGCAAGUGGAGCCCAAGACUGAACCACUUUGAGUUUCGCAGGCUGCUGGGAAACCUGACAGCCCUCUGGAUCCGAGCCACCUUUGGGGAGUACAGCACCGGCUACCUCGACAACGUGACGCUGGUGUCGGCGCAGCCCGCGCCCGGCGCGCCCGCGCCCUGGGUGGAGCGCUGCCAGUGCCCGCCGCCCUACCGCGGGCAGUUCUGCCAGCGCUGCGCCCCCGGCUACCGCAGGGACGACCCCAGCCAGGGCCCCUUCAGCACCUGCGUGCCCUGCGACUGCCAGGGGGGAGGGAUCUGCGACCCUGACACCGGUGAAUGCUACUCAGGAGAUGAGAACGUGGGCAAUGGUGUCAGCUGCCCCUUUGGCUCCUACCGAGACCCCCGGCGGCCGAACAGCUGCAGGAGCUGCCCCUGUGGGCCGGGCCAGGGCUGCUCCCUGGGGCCGGGUGGCCAGGAGGUCGUCUGUGACCACUGCCCUCCUGGAGCUGCUGGUGCCAACUGUGAGUACUGUGCCGAUGGCUAUUUUGGAGAUCCGGCGGCUUCCCAGCCCUGCCAGCCGUGCCGGUGCAACGGGAACGUGGAGCCCAACGCCGUGGGCAACUGUGACCGCCGCAGCGGCGAGUGCCUCAAGUGCAUCCACAACACUGCUGGCUUCCACUGCGACCGCUGCAAGGACGGCUUCUUCGGGAACCCCCUGGCCCCCGACCCCGCGGACAAGUGCAGAGCCUGUGCCUGCGACUCAGUUGGUGCCGAGCCCCUGAAGUGCAGGAGUGAUGGGAGCUGCAUCUGCAAACCUGGCUUUGAGGGUCCCCGCUGUGAAGAGAGUGAGUGCCCAGCUUGCUAUGGCCAGGUGAAAAUGCAGGUGCAGCUGUACCUGCAGCAGCUGGCAGAGCUGGAGCUGCUCUUGUCAGAGGUGCGAGCUGGCGGUGGGACCGAGAGCCAGGAGCUGGAGGGGAGGAUGCAGGGGGCUGAGGAGAUGCUGCGGACCAUCCUCAGGGAAGCCCUGAGUCUUCAAGCUUCCGACAGGUCUCUGGAAGGCCGUGUGGCCAGGAUGAAGGGGCAGGGGUCCAGCUCCCAGAACCGCUUGGAUGAGAUCAAGGCCACGGUGGGGAGACUGAGGUCUCUGGGGAGCCAGUAUGAGAGGCAGGUGCAGGAGACCCGUCAGCUGCUGGAGAGAGCCAGGCUGGACCUGGAUCACAGCGGCACUGCUCUCCGUCGGGUGACCAUUCCUGUUUCAAGCUUUCCUGGGGGUUUAAAUCAGUACUUGCUGCUGGCCCAGGAGGCUCUGAGACUGGCCAACAGCCACACACAGGCAGCCAAUGCCAUCGACCAGGCUGCAAAGGUGGCGCGGGAGGACGCGGGGCAGGCGCUGCAGCUGCUGCGCGCGGCCGCCGGCGGAGAGGCUGCCCUGGGCUCCCUGCCCCGGAGGUAUGAAGAGCUCAAGUCACUGGCUGGAGGGCUGAAGGCUGAUGCUGAUGGAAUGGCCCUCACGGCAGAUGCAGCUUAUCAGGGCAGCCUGGUGCUCCUCAGCUCCCUGUCCCGCCUGACAGAGAUGGACAUCGGGUCCUUUAAGGAGGAGGCCUCGAGGCUGAAGCAGGACGCGGGUGCCCUGCUGGGCCUGGUGGAGACGUCCCUGUCCCAGUACCGGGGCCUGCAGAGCCGCGUGGGGCGCUGGGAGGAGGAGGCCGAGCAGCUGCUGCAAGGGCAGGAGGGCGAGAGAGCGAAGCUGACGCAGCUGCUGUCCCGAGCCACCCUUGCCAGGAGCACAGCCCUGCAAGCCACAAGUGCUGGCAAUGCCACCUUCUACGAGGUGGAGCAGAUCCUCAAGAGCCUCAAGGAGUUCAACCUGCAGGCAGAUGACAAGAGGAGGGAGGCCAAAGAUGCCAUGAGGAGGCUGCCCCUUAUCAGCAGCAUGGUCACCAGUGCCAGGGAGAAGACAGACAGAGCCAAAGGCACCGUGGACAGCGCCGUCUCUGAGUCAAAGGCAGGCAGCAGCAUGGUGGAGGAGGUGAAGGAAAUUGCCACGGGGAUCCAAGAGGAGAUUGCCCGGCUGAGGGAGGAAGCCAACAAGACAGCAGACGGUGUCCUCGCCCUGGAGAAGGCAGUGGCCACCCUGCAGCAGGAGGCCAAGGAAGUGGAUGAGGCAUUUGACAGGAAGCUCUCGGAGGUUGAGGCGGAUGCUGCUGUGAUAGAGAAGACAGCUCAGGAAGCUCAGAGGGUCCAUGACAAGGCUGGCCAGGCAGAGGCAGCUGUGCAGCAGAUGCUGAGUGCCCUGGAAGAGCUGCUGCGCCUCAUGAACCAGCCUGGCGCCGUGGAUGAGGAUGGCCUGAGAGUGCUUGAGGAGAACUUCAGCCAAGCCAAAACCAGAAGCAGGCAGCUGAAGGCGGAGAUGUCAGAGCUGGAGCAGACGGCUGCGCUGCAGAAGGCCCGGGUGCGCACGCUGGAGAGCAGCAUUGACGACAUCCUGGCUGAUAUUAAGAACCUGGAGGAUAUCCAGAAGAGUCUUCCUCCAGGCUGCUACAACACAAAAGCCAUUGAAUUGCCAUGAGCCGGUUCUGGAAAGGCUGCAGCGCCUGCCAGGCUGAAGGCAGGAGGGCCUCCCCAAAUCUGGCAGAACUGGCUGUGUUUGGUUGUGUUAAGCUGAUCCUUACCCUCAAGAUCAGUGUGGCAGAUGAAGUUCACAAUGUCCCGCUGGCCCUGGAAAGUCCCUGAUUUUUCAAAGUGCUCCGUCCCUUGCUCGUGGGAAGAAGGAGACUCCUGGUUUGUGAAGGUGCUGCUGUCUGAAGAACAGCCCAUUCCUACAAUUUAUCUCUGAGGUGCAGGAUUAGGUGUCAGCCUUGUGAGCUUGCACAGUUUGGACCCUGGAGCUCAUAACUGAGAGGUUCUCCAUCACCGGUGGAUACCCUGUCCUGGUCUGGCACACACAGAAGGACUAGAGUCUCUGUCCACACUUUUGACACUGCCACCACCAGCUCCUCCUCCUCUUCUCCAUGGGGUUUUCCUCACCUUCAGCAGCUCAGGAGACAGGGAGCAAGCAGCAUGAGAGGCUGCUGGGGGAGAUGAAUUCUGAGUUGUGGCACUGGUGAUGCUUCAUGUGGUGUCUCUUCCCAGGCUGGCAGUCCUCCCCCUUGCUGGGAGUGGUGUGGCUCUUGUACCUGAGAACCCUGUCCCAUCCUGCUGCAGUGCCUGUAACCUGAUUUCAUUAGUUUAAAAAUACUGAUGAUGUCUUGAAUGUGUCUCCACCUCUGGUUUGGUGCUGCCUGUCCUCCCUCCCUCAUGGUGCUGGGAAAUCCCAGAUGGAGAAGGACACUGGAGACUCCCUCACCCCUCCUUAUCUCUCAAGUCUCUGAUAAAGGAGCAUCCAUGCUUUUGCUUCAUGAUAUACCGAGUAUUAUGUCUGCUUUACAUUUUAUUUAAGUGGGAUGUAUUUUUGCCCCUGGCAUAUGUCCCUUCUCCUGUUGUACAGUGUAGGGACAGUUAUUAGGGACCUGUUUUUCUGUGAGUUGGGUUUUUUUGAAAGGUGGGAGGUCAAUAAAUGAUGGAUACUCUUGGCUAGAUCUUGCCUACUGCUUUAGUUUUUCAGGCUUCCUCAUUUGGGGGAAUUUGGCCAUGGGUUAUCUUGGCAGUUGCAGGCAUUUGCUCUCAUGUUCUGACUUGGUCCUGGGGCUGUUUUAAAGUCACACCAGUAACAUCUCUGUUUUGUUUUGUUUAUUACAUAAUUUAAACAUUUUGCUGAUAAAGUA